GAAUUUGUUUUGGGUCCUAUAUAGAUUGAAACAGUGCGCGUAUUUCCAAAAGCGCGAUGACCAUUUGAAUCUCAAUUCAGCACUGCAGCGUGAAGCCAAAAUGGAGCAUCAAUACCACCAAGCAACAGAUGGACUUUUGAACCUUUUCACAAAGGCCAAUCACGAUCUCUCUACAGUUCACCAUCGCCUCGAAAAGGAGUUUCUGCAGGUUUACCCUGACAAUGCUAACCCCAUGAAGCUGGUUUCUAGAAUCAAGAAGCUUCAGGAUGAUAUAGCAACCUUGAAGGGGCAGUGCCAUGAGCUUCUGGCUGCUAAGCAGGAUUUGAUUGAUCAGGCUCAGAGAAUUCUGGUGGAGAACUGGAAUUUGGUGCAGCGAAUGCAACCAUCCAUGGGCAUCUUCUCCACUGGUGAAGAUGAUGCUGCAUUCACUAACUUCAAACAGGUAAUUGAAGAAUGGACAGCUCAAGUAAGAUCCAAAACAGGGAAUGAGACAAAUGAUGCUGAUUCUGGAGAUAUCAACAAACUGCUUUUCUCUGCUAUAGUUCAAAGUAACUGAUCUGCUAACACCAGGAUAGUAAUGUAGUAUGCAUCUAGCUGUUUACUUAAAAUGUAAACAGAGUCAGGGUAGUGAAAGUAAAUCAUUAGUUGAAUUGCAUUAUUCAAGAUAUAUAUUGCAUGCAAACGUUACACUAAAAGGAUACACAAGUUAAACGCUUCACGUAUAUUUUUGUGUUUAGAGAUUUAGCUUGAGCCAAGAAGCUUAAUUGUAGAAGUGACAUAGUCACUAAAUGUUGAUUUAUGCAGGUCUGGUGUGGUUGAUUGAAUU